AUGGACACGGGCCGGGGCGACUCGUCCGCCAACAGCGCCGGUAUAAGGUCUUCUUCUCUGCCCGCGCCAACACCCAUCUUGCCUAGGCCUCUCACCACCCAUCCCAUUCUAUCUCCGCCAAACCCCGCUCCUUCAGAGUCGGGUGAGAAGCCGCCGCUGCCAGCAGUCCUCCAACCUCAGGACGCCUCGUUUUUGGCCUCGCGCGGCCCUUCGUCCGUGUCAUCCGUCGGAGGAUUGCUUCUCCGGGAUUAUGCGCGGACGGCCGACCCUUCAUCUACAGACCAAGAUAUCCAUGUAAGAGAGUCGCCUGCUCCUGAGCUUCGGGCCAUGGAUACGUCCCGCCAGCAGCAGCAGCAGCAGCAGCCAUUGCGAUCUGUGGCUGCUGACGAGUCGACAUCACAGUCAUCAACACCUUUCUUGUCAUUACGUGCGCCCACGUCGUUUUUUAGACAUCGAAAGAGCAACUUCUCCAAGGAUUCGGUGCCACAUCAGACCAUCAUGAAGGCCCUGGCAUCGAGACCUCUCUCAGACUCUAAUACGCCGCUGGCGUCUUCUCUGAACGGAGUCUUGAACAGAUCCAACCAGAACAACCCCAGCCAACCUCCCAGUAAUAACGAAUCGGCCACCGACGGGCCGCGGAGAGAGCGGUCGUAUAGCAGCGCGUCCUCUCAGAAAUUGUCGGUGGCCUUGUCCAACUUGCAAGUCAAUGGCUGUGCCACCAAGUCGCCGUCGAUGUCACGUUUCGCUUUGCAAUCACCUUGCUUUUUCCACCAGCGCUUUGAUGACGCCGUCAACAUCCAAAAAGUGCUCGAAGAGAUAGCCGACGAUGAAUGGCUAUCACACUCCCGGCUGGUCCAAACUGCCACGGGAGUCAGAGAAGUCUCCAAGCAGCUUCAACGGCGGCCUGUCAAGCGGGCCGUGAAAACCGUGAUGAUAGUCACCAAGGCCCGGGACAAUCGCCUGGUCCUGCUCACCCGCGAACUCGUUGAGUGGCUACUGAGUUCGCCCCGGUAUGGCAAGGAAGUGGGCAUUACCGUCUAUGUAGACUCGAAGUUGCGUAACUCGAAGCGAUUCGAUUCUGCAGGACUUUUCGCCAAAGACAGCCGCUAUGAGUCCAUGUUGAAAUACUGGACGCCGGACCUGUGCUGGACAUCCCCUGAGAAGUUUGACCUGGUUCUUACGCUAGGCGGGGAUGGGACCGUCUUGUUCACUUCGUGGCUGUUCCAACGCAUUGUGCCCCCGAUCCUCUCUUUCUCUCUAGGAAGUCUAGGAUUCCUUACGAAUUUUGAAUUUGAAAAGUACAAAGAGCAUCUCAAUCAUAUAAUGGGAGAUGGGGGGAUGCGUGUGAAUUUACGCAUGAGAUUUACAUGUACAGUGUACCGCGCAGACCGAAGCAAAGGAGCCGACCCUGGAGAUGUGGUGGAAGGAGAGCAAUUUGAAGUGCUCAAUGAGCUAGUGAUAGACCGUGGACCGUCACCAUACGUGUCGAAUCUAGAGCUAUAUGGGGACAAUGAGCUUUUGACCGUCAUCCAGGCGGAUGGAUGUAUCUUUUCUACCCCCACAGGCUCGACUGCUUACUCUCUCUCUGCCGGGGGCUCUUUAAUCCACCCUUCCAUCCCGGGAAUCUUGUUGACCCCGAUCUGCCCACACACGCUCUCCUUCCGGCCCAUGGUUCUUUCAGACACGAUGCUCCUCCGCAUCGCCGUGCCCGAACUCUCGCGGUCUACCGCAUACUGCUCCUUUGACGGCAAGGGUCGCGUCGAGCUGCGUCAGGGCGACUAUGUCACCGUCGAGGCGAGCCAGUACCCCUUCCCAACCGUUGUAUCCGGCGGCGCAGAAUGGUUCGACAGCGUACGCCGCGCGCUGCGAUGGAAUGUGCGCGGCGCAGUCCAGAAGGGUUGGAGUGGUGGUGAUGGUGGUGACGAUGACGGGUACAACGAAACCGGCGGCGGUCAAGACGAAGACGCUGAUUUUGAUAUCGAUUUUGAUAACACUGUGGCCGGCACGGAUAGUGGUAUCGGCCAGAGUGAAGAUGGAGAUGCGUACGGUACGGGCACAGGCAGCCCGAUGCGCCGCCAGAUGAGUUUGUUGAGCAUGUGA